AAAAACGUUGUCGCGAAAGGUUUACACAAAAAGUUUGACAUCGACAGACAGAUCUUACAGGUCAACGGACACGUGGGCGGAACUACUGUGUGGAAAACUAGGGAGUUUCGUAAGCCAUCAAUAAAGAUACAUUUACACAACUGAAACGGGUUUAAGCUAUAUAGAUAGACAUACAGCUGCUUUGCCAGUCGCCCUUUGUGAUUUGACAACUUGUUGUGUAUUUUGUAUUACGAACGCCGUGGAAAUUCACCAUGCAGGCUGCCAAAGUCUCUGACACCCCGAUGGAAUUCAUGGUGGAUUUCCUAAACAAAGCCAAGGAGAUAGCAGAUAGCAAUGCCAACGUUCCAGAGGAGCUGAGGGUCAACCUACAGAAGGCCCUGGACAUAGCGUGUGGUCUAGAUGGCUACCUGGAGAAAAUGAGCAGCCAGGAAAGUGCACCUCUCGCUGAGCUGUAUCAGAAAACGAUGGAACACAACUGGGAUAAAGUAUUCAAGGAGGGCAAGACUCAGUUUCGGCUUCCAAAAGAGUGCAUCACUGGGCAUGUGGAAGGCCAGACUCUGAAAAUGCUGGUUCACAUGAGUAAAGCCAAGAGAAUCCUAGAGAUAGGCAUGUUCACAGGGUAUGGUGCUCUCUCAAUGGCUGAAGGACUGCCCGAGGAUGGUUCACUGGUUGCCUGUGAGAUUGAGCAAUAUCUUAAAGAAUUUGCUAAGCCCAUAUUUGACAGGUCUCCACAUGGCAAGAAGAUAACAGUGAAGAUUGGUUCUGCCAUGGAUAGCUUGAAGGAACUGGCUGCAGCAGGCGAGCAGUUUGACAUGGUCUUUAUCGACGCAGACAAGAACAACUACAUGAACUACUACAAGUUCAUCCUGGACCACAACCUCCUACGACUGAGUGGUGUGAUAUGUGUGGAUAACUCUCUGUUCAAGGCUAAGGUCUACCUAAAGGACACCGCUGAUGUAAACGGGCUGGCGCUUCGAGAUUUUAACCAGUUUGUGAAGAGUGAUCUUCGUGUGGAGCAGGUCAUUGUCCCCCUCAGAGAUGGCAUCAGCAUCAUCCGCAGAGUACCCAUGGCAACAGCAUGUGCAGGCACACAGAGCAAGGUAACAGACGAUGAGGUUUUCCGGGGUUUGAACGGGAGGUCGAUCCUGGACCGGAUGCGUCUGGAUGGCAGGGUGGCCUAUGUGACGGGGGCAGGCCAGGGUAUAGGCAGGGCGUUCGCACAUGCCCUAGGAGAGGCUGGGGCCAAAGUGGCUGUGGUAGACCUGGACCAAGGGAAGGCUGAGGGCGUGGCAGAGGAGCUCACACUGAAAGGGAUAAAUUGCAUUGCGAUUACUGCUGACAUCAGCAAAUCGUCAGAUGUUGAGAGGAUGAUUGACAGCAUUGUGUCCAAAUGGGGAGCGAUCCAAAUAGCAUGCAACAACGCAGGGAUCAACGUGAACUCAGCCAGUGAAGACACCAGUCUGGAAGAGUGGGACCAAACCUUUGAUGUCAACUUGAGGGGGACCUUCAUGUGUUGUCAGGCUGCAGGUCGUGUGAUGCUGAAGCAAGGAUAUGGGAAGAUAAUUAACACAGCGUCCAUGGCCAGUCUAAUAGUGCCCCAUCCACAGAAGCAGCUUGCCUACAACACCUCAAAGGCAGGAGUGGUCAAACUGACACAGACACUUGGCACAGAGUGGAUCGACAGAGGGGUCCGAGUUAACUGCAUCUCACCGGGGAUUGUUGACACCCCUCUCAUCCACUCGGAGAGUUUGAGGCCUCUGGUGAAGCGCUGGCUGUCAGAUAUCCCUGCUGGACGACUGGCUCUAGUGACAGACCUGCAAGCUGCAGUGGUCUACUUGGCAUCUGACGCCUCUGACUACAUGACAGGGCAUAACUUAGUCAUAGACGGUGGGCAAAGUCUGUGGUAGAGAGAGGGAGAAGCUUAAUUUUUCCCACUCUUGGUUCACUCUUGGGAAUAGACAGGUGGCUGGUGGCACAUUAAUUAGGGAGACGGACUCAUAGUCUGGAAUGGAAUGAUAUGGAACACUUGACUUCCAUGUGUUUGAUUUCACUCCAUUCCAGCCAUUAUUAUGAGCCGUCCUCCCCUCAUCAGCCUCCUGUGGCAACCACUGUGACUGAUCUCCACAGGGAGAAUAGGAUAACAGAGAGAUUAGGUCAGAGUGAUUACCUCCCUGGUUUACCAUUAUGUCAGAUUGGAGAUUAUUUUACAGUUUCAUACAGUAGUCUUCACAUAAAAUGGACAUUCAUUUCGACACAAUUGUUCUUUUAUAUCCCUGUUAAUUUUCUUAACAGAAAUGCACACUUUGUUGCAAAUCCUUUUUAUGUCUUCUACAUGGUGCUAUCCUUUGGACAUCUGUGUUUUUAUACAGAAACAUUUCACGCUGGAAUCUGUGAGUGGCUCUUAUAAACAGGUUUUGACACCAUUGGCCCCAUCAGAGGUAUUUGUUUCAUAAGUGAAAAGUACUUGAAACGGGUUCGUAGUUCAAGAUUUUAAUACACUGAAUGCAUGCUGCUUUCUACUGUGCAAGUGCAGUAUGUACUGGAUGUUAGAUUGCAAAAGAUUGGUUGGGCAUAGUAGAAAGUACUGAGAUGUGUAUGACAAGAUACUGUACGAAAUACAGUCUGUUUCUAAAAUUAACACUAUCAAACUUAAUAUUGUAACUAAUCCUUUCCUUAUGGGGACUACAUACUGAGCACAUACAUAUGGUUUCAACGCUAACUAGACAUUCUAUGCAUAUAAAUGUGUAAUAACUUCCUGUUUGACAGUCUGGGAUCGUUGUGUUUUUCCGGGUACCAUAGCGUACCACCCUCCUUCAGCUCUUCUCUCUCUCAUGGUUUUGCUGAUUGGUCCCCCAAGUGGUGCUUACAAUCCACAUCUUAAUUGCUCCCUGUACUGUUUAUGUGCUGCAAAACAAUGCUUAAAGGAGGUUAGCUGAGGGCACGGCCUUAGUCACUGCAAUUAUACCAAAGGAGUGUCCAAUUAACACCAUCCAUGCAAUGAGACCGUGCUUGUUUGUGUGAGCAACUUCUCACUAUUAGUGGCCGUACUCAGAUUUACAUAAUGGGGUCCCUUAUUAACGGGGCUAGUGAGUGAGAGGAUCCCAUUUAGAUAUGGAAAGAUCUGACGAUCUCUGCAUUUCAGUUGGAUUUAAUGUAGAAGACAUACCAAACCUGCAUGGUAGAUAGACACAACUUCCUCACAGGACAAUAUCAGAAAUGUGAUUUCUGUAAGCAGUGAAUGUAAGAAUUUAUCCAGAAUGACCUAAUAAACAUCUUAAUAUAACGAGGGUAGAAUAUUAGUUAGGCAUUUCGUCAGAUGGCCACAAAGGGGCAGUCUAGAGAUGGGGAGCUACAGAUAUUUGCCGUUCUCCACCUUUCAGUAUACAGGAUAAUCACUGUUUGAAUGUGGGGUUAUCAAGAACAUUAUUUGCCAUUAUCCGAGGGUGAUAACAAAGGGUCUGCUAUAUGUUUAUGUGAAGAAAUUAUGAUUGAAAUGACAUCCGCAAUCCUAGUGUGCAAACAGCUGGACAUGGGAAUGAAUCUGUGUUGAAAUGUUGAACAAACACAAUGUACAGUACUUUCAAUUAAAAUGAAACUGAAAUA